GGCCCCUCCGCCUAUUUUAGGGCGCGCGUUGCGGGCUGCCUCGCUGCUGCUGCUGCUACUGCUGCUUCCCGCCGGGUGCUGCUCCCUCCUCCGCCUCUCCGGCCCCGCCAGCAUGGGUCCCCGGCGUCGGGGGCUUGUCGCCGCCCUCCUGCUCCUCUGCUGGGUGGGCACCGCAUACUGCGACACCCCUGCCAACUGCACCUACCCCGAGCUGCUGGGCACCUGGGUCUUUCAGGUGGGCCGCAGUGGUUCCCAGCGCGACGUCAACUGCACGGCUAUGGGACCACCAGAAAAAAAAGUCGUGGUGCACCUUGUGAAGUUGGAUACAGCAUAUGAUGACUUUGGCAAUUCUGGCCAUUUCACCAUCAUUUACAAUCAAGGCUUUGAGAUUGUGUUGAAUGACUACAAGUGGUUUGCCUUUUUUAAGGAUGUCACUGAUUUUAUUAGUCAGUUGUCCAUGCAACUGGGAACUGUGAGAAUAUAUGAUUUGCCACAUCUGAGGAACAAACUGGCUCUUAAGAAGUGAGAUGUGAAAAAUGGAAUCAGGACAAGUGCUGAAAGGACAAUAGCCUUAUCCUAAAUCAGCAUUUUCCACACUGUUUAAUGGACCAGCAGUGGCCCCACAUCUUCCAGAAACUGGAAUUGCUCACCAGUUGUGUCACUUCAGCUUGUUAUAAACUUCAGUGGUUAUUACAGGCAGCUGCUAAUAACAGAGCAAAGUGAAAAUUAGAGCUGAAACUAAAAAGUUGUUCCUUCUGAAUUCUUUUCUAGUAGUUCAAUAAGUAUAGAUUGUGUGAAAUAGUUUCCUUUACCUCAAAAUUUCUCAGAGUCUUGAAUAUACUGUAUUGUAUGUAGCUUAGGAAGAAGAUGUAGUAGGAAACUUUCCCUUUUUUCUCACAAAAAAUAAGUUAUACUCAAACUGUGGUUUAUGAAAUCGUCUUAAAACUCUCACUCUUUCUACCUGUAGAAAACAUAAAUUCUAGUAUUUGCUCUGUAAAUGGGAUAAAUAGCCUUGUACCUGGAAAUAUGGAUCAAAGCAGCAUUAAGCCUACAUUUAGCAUAUGUAAGGUAUACACGUUCAUGUCUCUAGGUUGCUAGUUAACCUGUUUAUUACGUACAUUUCAAAAUUGUUCGGUUUAUACAUUGGCAGUUAAUUUCAAAUGCAUCUGCAUGUGCUUCUUGAGCAUGUUGGCUGAACGCAUGAUACGUGUUGCUUAAUAAGCAUUCAGCUUUUGAGAAUGGCAGCUUUUUGUGAAUGUCUGAAGCAGCAUUAAACAAAUGCCAGCAUCUCAAAUACUAGUAUUGGUACUUUUUGCUUAAAUGAAAUUAAUACAUGAUUAAACAUUUUUAAAAGACAGUAUGAUCCUUGUUGGCUUGUAACUCUAGUUUUUAUUGUCUUUUAGUUAUUAAAUAGAACAUCUGUUGAGGGGGCUCUUUUAAAACCACAGUCAAAAACAGACUUUGGGGCUGAGAGGCAGAGCAGCCUGCAGCCGUGGAUCUACCUGCCUACCUAUAACAGCUAGCAGAGGCCUCUGGCAGCUACCAUCCCUUCUGGAGUCUUUCUGUGCAUGUAGAAUGCAGAGAAGUCCUGGAGACGUACCUCCAAGGCAGCUGGCCUCCCGACAUUUCCUUGGAAAGCGCAACCACCAUUAUGGGAAUGUGAACAGCCAGAGACUACGCAGGAAAAAGGAAAAAAAUCUGGAAGUCUUAGGUGGCUUCACCAUUCAGCCUUUGAACAAAAGGAGCAAUAUGGAAUACAAGAUUUUUUUCUCUUUUGAAUACUCUUCUACUGAAAUGAUGUUUCCAAGUGAAAGUUUUUCCAAUUUCCCAAUCUAUUAGGGUUUGAAUUUUAUGUUUUAUUUUGUUCACAGUGCAAAUUUUAUUCACAGCAGUAUAUCUUCCCGGGUGCCCUGUCUUUCUCUAAUUACCGUGAGGAACCCCAGCAUCUAUUUUAAGGAGAAAAUAAGGCUCCAGGGUAUCUGGAGAUGCACAGAUACAUUAUUGGUGGGAAGGUGGUCCUGUGGAGUGAGUACCUGCUUUGGGGAAAGAGGCUUUCUGAGAUGACCAAAAGUGCUGAAGGGAGUCGUUUUUGCAGAUAUUAGGCCUGCAAGUACCCCUAACCAAAAAGACAGGCGUGAUUAAUACCUUUUUUUUUAUGUUUGUUGAUUAGGUGCCAGCCUUGUGCUAAGAACUUGACAGGUCUAACCUGACAAAAGCCCUAUAAAGUAGAUAUUACUAGCCUCAUUUUAUAGGGAAAAUUUCAUCGAGUGCUUAAACUCAGUUUCUAAUUGUAAAAUAUUAAGGGCUAGUCUUUCAAGCCAAGGACUUUCCUGGGGCUCAAGCGUGAAAGAAAAGGUACUUGGAGUCACAUUUGGGUAGAUUUCCUGGUGAAUCUGUUGGUAAGUGUCACAAAUGUUAGGUUAAUGGAGUAGACUAUGCAUUACAUUGGCUCCUGUUGAAAUUUUAAGACAUGAAUUGGCUUGAAACACAGAUUUCCUUAUCAAGUGAGGCUACUCUGUUUCCUAAGCCAGGGUUUUUCAAUUCAAGACAAAAAAAAUACCUUCUCCUUCCCCUUGUAGUCCCCUAAAUUGUAAGGAGAGCUUUGUAAACAUGAAGUCAAGUAUAAAUUAAGAAUCCUUGCCACACUGACUUCACUUAAUUAUACUAUUGUUAACACUGAUUGAUAUCUUUUAGCUCUUUCCUGAUAAACAAUGAACUAGUUUCCGUUUCAGUUGUAGAGCUGAUUAAUAUCAGUCUUGGAAAACCACAAAUGGGGAACUACCCCUAAUCCAGAUUGCCUGGGAGGACUUUUCUGCAUCCCUGUUUGGAUGGAGGAAUCUUUCUCUAGAUAGCAGGUUGCCAUCAUUUACUUUAUUGGUUCAGGUAACUUUUUAUGCUGUCUGAAGGACACCGGUCUGCUAUUCUGGAAGGGUUAUCUCUUUAAAUAUGAAGUAACAUAAAGAUGAAGUAACAGUGCAGCUGACUAUUUCUAUCUGGAUACUUUCUUGCAUUUCUACCUCUGGACCUGAUAAUUUUUCAUCACUCAGGACCUUGAUGCUGACUCUGUGAAACCUCGGCAACCCUCUCCAUUAGUCGGGAAAAAGGCCAUUAUGUUGGUAUCCGUUGUAUUUUGCAGGUACCUCUGCUCUUGUAGUACUGACUCUGCUGUAAUGAAAUGAUUUGUCAGCAUGUCUUAUAUUCUUCCAGACUGAAAACUUGUUUAUCUCCCUGUGUAUCUAUAGCACCAGAUGCACACAGAACUUUUUAAGUGCUUGCAAAUUUAACCAUACUUUUUUUUUGUCUUUUCAAAGACUUCUCACAAGUAAUUCCAGCUUACAAAGAAAUAAUUUCUAUAGGGUUCUAGAAGUGUGAAUCAGAAAUGAUGCUAUGAUUUUAUUUUGGUUCUCCACUCUAAAAAAAUACCAGGUCACCUGUCUCCAGACUUAAAAAGUUGUGUAUUUUCAAGUUGAUUUUGAGGAUGUAAAUACUGACAAAGCAACCAAUAUAUAUAUAAGAAUGUAUGUAAUAACAGAAUUUAAAAUCACCUCUACUACAGUGCUGUUGUUUUUUUCCUGUUUCUCUGAGUAACUUUGCAUCUAAAUAUUUGCUUUGAUUAUAGCAGAAAAGAUGUAGUGGGUACAGAAUUGCUGAUAUAUGUGUUAGAAGGUCCUCUAAUACAUUACUGCUUAGCACUCUCUGUCAUAAUUAUAUGUUCCUCCUCUCCUCUGGUCUUGAAGCUCCAUGAGGGCAGGGAUCAACCCUGUAUUACUGACCAUUUUUUCCCUAUGUAUAGUGCAAUAUGUGAUAAAUAAAUAAUAGGCCUUCAAUAAAUAUUUGUAAAAGAAAGAAAAUUUAGUAAUAUAUAACCAUGUUGUCCUGUUGUUUUAUUGAUAUGUUUCCGGAAGUUUUGUUACCUAUUUUCUUAGAGGCUAUGGUGGACUCUCAGGGCAUAUUUUCUUAAUGAUUUAGUGGAAAACAGUUGAGACUUUUAACUUUUAAUGUGUUUAUUUAUUUAUGUUUUAAUUUUAUGUGUGACUGUAGAGACCAAGACAGGGCUCAAAGUUAAAAGCAGUAGAGUUCUAACUUGCAGAAUUACUAAAAGCUAAAUUAGCUAUCAGAGGAGAUAAUGAGCUUUUCUGAUUGCAGUGGUUCCCCAAAGACUAGAACUAGCCUGAAAUCCUGUAGGCCGUGCCCCGACCCUUAUUAAGUACAAUGAGAAGCACCAGCUAAAAGGUUAGAUUAAGUGAACUCUAAGAUUUCUUCCAACCUCACAGUUUCGAGUUUAUGAGCUAGUAAGUGAGGAAGGAGCUAAGGGACCUGGGCUAGUUUGCUGAGUCAUAAAUUGCUGUUUUCUUAACUAGUUCUGAAACAUGUAUUUUGGUUUAAAUUGAAUGUCUUUUCAUCACUGGAAAUAAACUUAUGACCCUCCAUUUCCACCUAUAAGUGUAGCUGCCAAUUCCUUCAGGAAAAUGCUGCAAGUUAAUUUGGUUGCAACCAUUAUAGCAAUUUCUUGGCAGUUUCACAAUUCAUUAAAAUUUAACUUCCUAAGUAAGUGAUAUGGUUAGUAAGCAGAAAACUAGAGCUAAUCCUUGAAACUGUCAAAGGGAAGUUUGUUUCUUUCUGAGGGAAGAUGUAGUAGUCUUGGGUAGGUUUAGCAAAAUAUCACUUCAGUAAAAUGUGCUUUAUUUCCUCCUGUUGCUGUCUAAUGGCUGUAGUCAUACUCCAGACCUGAGAGCAAAUAGAAGCUAUUAAUGACCACUUAUGUAGAUAUAUUGUUGAUCCUUGAACUGUGUAGUAGACUGUACAGGUCUACCUAAUAUGUGGAAUUUUUUCAAUAAGUAUAUUGGAAAAACUUGGAGAUUUGCUACAAUUGGGAAAAACAUUUUCUCUACCUUAGUUUAAUAAUAUAGUAUAUAAUACCUAAAACAUACAAAAUAUGUGUUAAUCAACUGUUUAUGUUGCCAGUAAGGUCAAUAGCUGGCUAUUAGUAGUUUUGUGGUGGGGGGGGUCAGAAGUUUUAUGCUGAUUUUUUUUAAUGUACAGGGUUUGGUGCCUUUAACCCACCCACAUUGUUCCAGGUCAACUGUAUAUAGUAAACAAGUGGCAAAAAAAUGAAAAAGUAUUCUUUGUUCUUUAGUAUUUCUGGAAUGUAAUAUGUCAAAGAUACAUGGUUUAUCAUUAAAUCAUUCAACUUCAUGCUUUUUUCUGAAAUGAAUGAUCCUGAUGGAUUAGACCUGGGUAACCAAACUUUUUAUGUUUCACAAUAUGUACUGAUACAUUAAAAGUAUAUAUACAUGCAUUGCUAUACUAAUAUGUUUGGUAUAUUACAUAUGAAAUAAUAUUAAAUGAUUAAAUAUUUGAUUUAUUUGUUGUAACAAAAAGGUGUCCUGCCAAAAUAUAUUUCAUGAGGAUAUCCUUUGAAAACAAUAUGAAAUAUGCUUUUAUUAUGAUUUUGUUGCCAAAAGCAAUAUAAUACUCUAGUACUGAUCAUUUUAAUUACUGCAAAUAAUCAACAUUUAGAAACAGAAUUUUCUAAUUAGGAUCUUUUAAAUGAAAAAUUUCAGUAGUUUUGAUUCAUCUUGUUAUAAGUAUCAAAGUGUCACAAGUUUAGUUAAGAAAAAAGUACUGUUUGGUGUUAGGGAUGAUGACAAUUUAAUGGACAAAUUUUUUGAAACAUUUGGUUUAUUGAUAAAUUAGAUUGAAAAGUGAAUACUGCAGUGAUGGAACCAUUCCAAAACAUUUGUUUUCAAAAACUUGUUACCUUUUAAUGUGGCUGACAGAACUCAUACUAGGAAUAGGACAGAUGUAAGCUUUGUCAUAUUUUUAAUGUUUGUUUUUUUUCAUCAUUUGUGUUUGUGUGUCCUGGUUUCUUUGCAAGUAUUUUAAGUCACAUGUUCAUUUUGUGAGUUAGUUCAAUUAAAUCAGAUAAGUGCAUAAAUCAGCUUAACUAGUCAUGUGUGAAGAGGAAUAUGCUGUGUCCUAACCAUCUCGAAGCACAUGUACAUGACAGGUGACCAUCUGACAUUAGAACUGCGUGGGGCUAUCAGUGAUGUUUUGUAUAUUAGAUAAUAGUGGAAGCUUGUUUUCAAUUUUAUUUCUGUAUUACAAAUACAAAUAAGAAGUUAUAAUAUUUUCUUUCCAA